CGCACCCAUAUCCCACUGGGAAGUUGCUCUUAUAAAACACGUUUUAUUUGAGUGCGUUAAGCAGUAAUUUUGUUACCUAAUAACUUGGUUUGUUUUACUCGGAAAUCCAAUCACACCAUAACAAACUAACAUAGUGAAAAUUAACGAUUCAUAUAUUAUGGCAAUGACUGCGUCCGUGGUGAAGGAAGAACCACCAACUACGACAGUUAAAUCUUCCACCGAAGGUCAUCCAUUCGCACAACUACAAUCAAUAACGAACGGCAAUGUGGUGGCAAUAAGAAAUUUAAACUUAUCAUCAGGAUUUGAUAUAAACUCACCAGAUGAUGUAACAGUUAGAAGUGAAAUGGAGAAAUAUCUUCCAGCAGUACCGUCUCCAAUAAGCCCUUUCUCAUUUCCAAGUUGCAGGAAAAAAUUUCGACGAGAAAGUGCUAAUGUUGUCAGUGAGUUCUUUAAUUUUGAUAAUUCUGUGAAAAAUGAAGAUGUGAAAGAACGUGAACUGAAAGAAAGUGUUUUUUUAAACUUGGGCGAACACGAUAAACUUACUACAUCCCAGGCAGAAUCUACACAUGUUGCAGUAGAUAUUAAUUUUAACACCUUUCGACCACCACAAGUACGGAACUGUUUGGUUGUUUAUCCCCCAACACCACCAAGCUCAAAUCCAGGUUCACCAGAGAACUUAAUGCCUCGACCUGGGUUAGUAAUGAAUCCUCCACCACCAUAUACAGCUAUAGCUGCUGGUCGACGUGCAGCUGCUGCUGAUUUACAAAGACGUAGAAUACAUCAUUGUGACCAUCCUGGUUGUAACAAAGUUUACACUAAAAGUUCACAUCUUAAAGCUCAUCAAAGAACACAUACAGGUGAAAAACCCUAUAAAUGUUCAUGGGAAGGAUGUACAUGGCGUUUUGCUAGAUCAGAUGAACUUACCAGACAUUUUCGUAAACAUACUGGAGCAAAACCAUUUAAAUGUCAGCACUGUGAACGAGCUUUUAGUAGAUCUGAUCACUUAGCAUUGCAUAUGAAAAGGCACACUCAGUAGACUAGAAGAAAUUCAAGGAACAUGAGAUGUAUAAAUUAAUUGCAUAAUCAUGCAUCUUACCAUAGACCUCUUCCUUGACAAAAGGAAAUAAAUUGCAGUUGUCGAAUUUUUGUAAAUAUGUAAGAUUUAUGAUGAUGUGGUAGUUCAAAAUUAACUACAAAAAGGAUUAUUUAUUUUUCUGUUUGUCAUUAUAUGACAUGGAGAAAUUACUUGCUUUAUCAGAUUCUUGGAUCUGAUAUAAACUAGAUAUAAACCUCGUAAAGUUGCCAUUCUUUACAUAAAGCUUAGAUAUAAUUAAGAUUUGAAAUUCUCCUGGUAUAUGCCGUGAUGUUCCGUAUAGGUAUUUAUAAAUUACAUACAUGAAGCAUUCAAACUAA